CCAUCGCUCCGGGUGCCGGUGGAGCGUGUGACGUCAGACCACUUCUUCCGGAAACGGCGGCGGCAGAAAGAACGGAGGGGCUAUCGUUGGUGGGCGCGCCCGAGGAUCCAAGUAGAGAGGAGCGUAACCCGGAAGCGGAAGCGGGUUCCCGUCCCAGCUACGCUAGGCUUCACACCACUUGUCACAGGCCCAUUAGUGGGCUACUGCUAUCAUGGACCUGUUGUUUGGGCGCCGGAAGACACCGGAGGAGCUGCUGAGGCAGAACCAGCGGGCCCUGAACCGUGCCAUGCGAGAGUUGGACCGUGAACGACAGAAGCUAGAGACCCAGGAGAAGAAAAUCAUCGCAGACAUCAAGAAGAUGGCCAAGCAGGGCCAGAUGGACGCUGUGCGUAUCAUGGCAAAAGACCUGGUGCGCACUCGGCGUUAUGUGCGUAAAUUUGUGUUGAUGCGGGCCAACAUCCAGGCGGUGUCCCUGAAGAUCCAGACGCUGAAGUCCAACAACUCAAUGGCACAAGCUAUGAAGGGGGUCACCAAAGCCAUGGGCACCAUGAACAGACAGCUAAAGUUGCCUCAGAUCCAGAAGAUCAUGAUGGAAUUUGAGCGGCAGGCCGAGAUCAUGGACAUGAAGGAGGAAAUGAUGAAUGAUGCCAUUGAUGAUGCCAUGGGUGAUGAGGAAGAUGAAGAGGAGAGUGACGCUGUUGUAUCCCAGGUCCUGGAUGAGCUGGGAUUGAGCCUGACAGAUGAGCUGUCAAACCUCCCCUCCACCGGAGGCUCACUCAGUGUGGCUGCCAGUGGGAAGAAAGCAGAGGCUGCUGCCUCAGCCCUAGUAGAUGCCGACGCAGACCUGGAGGAGCGGCUCAAGAAUCUGCGGAGGGACUAAUCACCCUAUACUACCAUGAGUGGGAGGUGGGCAAUCGAUGCCCAGUUUUGCUGUACUACUUCUGUAAUAAAAGAUUGGACACUA